CAGGUGUGCUGCGCGUGGGAUAUCCCUGACCUCAUGGGCUUCGGAACGACGGAUGUUGUGACAGACAAGAGCCUCGUGAGCGAUAUCGUCGUGGUGCGGAUCUCCAUCAACGACGGGGACUCGCUGAAGGAGAUGCUGACGACUGGAAGCGAGGACGAAGACGGUCAGCUCAUGAUAUCCGUGUACGACCGUGACCCGCCCACGAUGGACCCAGCUCAGGUGAUCCUCUGGCUUGUUGCCUGCGCGACCGUGCUGGUCGGGUCUUACAAGGGUGCGACGUACGAGCGCACAAAGGCACAGCUCAAGGCAGCAUUGAUGGCUGCUGAUGCCACCUCUUCAGACGCCAUCGCCCAAGCUCGAGUGGCGUACGAGGAACACGACGAACAGGCCCCGGAUCAGGAGCAGCUCGACCUCAAUUCGUGGCAUGCGCUGGCAUUCUUGGUAGUCGGUUCAGGGUUCCUGGUGCUGCUCUUCUUCGUCAACGUGGUUAUCGUGGUGGUCGUUCUCUUCGGCAUCGGCUCCGUGACCGCCACUUUUCAGGUUAUUUGGGAGCCUCUCAUGCGGCACCUUCCUGUGAAGUUUUUCCACAAACUGCCCUGGCGUGAUGUGAUGUGGCAAUGGGAAGAUAUCGUGGUGCCCGCCGCGUGGAGUAUAGGGGACGUGGUGGCGCUGGCGCUGUCCAUAGCAAUCGCGCUCUUUUGGUUCUUCACGCGCUUCCAGUCGUACUCGUGGGUCUUCCAGGACAUUUUCGGUGUUUGCUUCUGUCUCGUGUUCCUGCGAACUGCGCGCCUUCCGAACUUGAAGGUGGCCACGGUGUUGCUGGUGCUCGUCUUCAUGUACGAUAUCUUCAUGGUCUUCAUUUCUCCCUACAUUUUCAAGGAGAGCGUCAUGAUCAAGGUAGCUACUGGUGGCGCACAAAGCACUGCCACGGGUGGUGUAUCCAGCGGCUUCUGUCUGCGCUACCCGACGGACACAAAGCACGACUGUCGCUCCGAGUCAAUGCCCAUCCUACUUCGAGUCCCCAAGAUGCUGGACUGGCGCGCGGGUACCUCGCUCCUGGGACUUGGCGACAUCGUAUUACCCGGAUUGUUGCUGGUGUUCUGCGCGCGCUACGACUACGCCACUCGGGGUCAGCUUUUCGGACGCCUGACCCCUCCACAUGGCAAGUUGUUCGGUCGUCGUCCGAUAGGCGACGUGAUGAAUCAUGCUUCAGCGGUGGCCACUGGAGCCAACCGAGAUCUGGACAUGCUGGGAGCUGAGCACCACCCGUGUCGCCGCGGGUUGUUCUGCCUACUCAUGUGGGGUUACACCAUUGGCCUGCUGCUCGCGAAUGUCGGUGUUAUCGUCAGUGGCAGCGGCCAACCAGCUCUGAUGUACCUGGUGCCUUGCACGCUCGGCCUGUUAGCGAUCGUGGCAUGGCGGCGUGGCAUUUUGAAUAAGCUCUGGGAGGGCCCACCAGAGCUCAUCCCAGGGUAUGUUCGUCGCGAGAGCACCACAAGCGGUGGUGGAGGACUUGACCUUGAGGAUGUGACGCGACUUCGAGGAUUGAGCAUCGAGCCGAGUAAGGCUGCGACGAGCGAGAUGAUCCUUCUGCAACAACAUCAGGGCGGCGCGGGCACUCCGGUAUCCGGUGGGUCGUAUGCUAUGAGCGAAGAAACUCCUAUGGGUCGCGAUAGCCAGCCUGGUCAAGCCUUGCGGCAAGUAUAACUUUCAUCCCCGCUGUAGCCACUUUAUCCCCCAUGUAGGUCAUCGAACAGAUUGAAAUAUAGGUAUGUGCGUUUUGCUGUUUAUGCUGUUCAACAUCGACUUCGAAACACAGAGCGAUCAAAUGCCUUUCACCCACUCGUCAUCUUCGCCCCAUUCGUCAGCCGCGUCUACUGCAGUAAGCUCGUCGUCCAUCUCGGCUGCAAACAACGCCGAGGCCUCAGCAGCAGUAGGCAAAGCUGAUGUAGUAGCCGCCAUUGCAGGAGCCGCGCCAGUAGUAGCUGCAGGCGGAGGCGGAACAACCGCGCUCUUCUUGAAUGUCGGCACCAUGCCAAAUUGCUGCAGACACAGAAAAAAAUCAAAAAAGUCAGACCCAAACCACCGCAUCCCCCCACAAUUGCUAUCAAUACGUACGCUGAACAAGUCGUCUACACUCUCGCUCUCCUUCUCUGCUGACGCAGACGCACUGCGGUUGCUUGUUGGCGGCAUGUGCGCCUCAUCGGUCACGACUUCGAAGGAGUCACUUGAGCUGUUGGACUCGACACUCGAUGGUAGCAGGUCGCCUUUACCAGCAAUAGCAAUUUCCUGGAGCUGUGCGUGUUGGGGUGGAGGUGGCAGCGCCUGGCUAAGCUGGAAAGGGCUUGGACUGCUCUUGCUUUGACGCGGCGUUGUCGGGCGCAGAGGGCUGGGCACAGCUGCAACAAACGGGUUCAGUUGCGGAACCUGCGCUUGCGUGGAGUUGCCCUCCCAGUCGUCCCAGUUGUCUCGGUUGUUCGCAAAGGUGUCCUCCUCGUAGUCGUCACAGUACUCGUCGUCGUCAUCUUGGCUGUGGCUGAACGGUUGCU